AUGAAUGCAAACCCUCAAACAGUCAGAAAGCAUGGAGGGGUGCGUACUCCAGGAAAUUCCGUGGAAAACCCAUCUAUUUUUCUUGGAUGGCAAGGGAGAGUGAUGACAGAGAAAGAGUUUCCAAGGUUCUGUGUAGAAGAUACGUGCCCAGGUGCCAGGAACAUUCUGGGGUCCAGGAAGCAAUCGAAAAUCAAAUACAAGCCACUUCAGAGAAAAAAGGAGCAUCUAGGACCCAGCUUUCUCCAUCACCACGUUGAGGAGCACAUGUCUGAGAAAUCAGAGUUUGCUCUCCCGGAGAUUCAUCCCAAGCCCUAGCUCAGGGUAGGAAAACAGAGGGGCAGGGGCCUGGGGGAACAUUGGCCUGGCGGAGGAGCACAGCAGAGAGCAGCCUGGAGGAAGUCCCACAGGUGGGGACGAUGAGGCUCCCCUGCGCAGGUUCUGGAGGAGAGGUGCAUUUUACCAGAAGGAGAAAACCAGGAAAUGUGAGCUGUCUGAUGAGCAAUCAUUUCGGGAAAAAGCUGUGAGAUUCAGAAGCUGAGCCUGGGUUUGUGUGGAAACACAGCCUCUGUCAGUGUGGCCUGGUCCCUCCCCCUCUCCCUCCACCCCAGAGGAGAUGCAAAAAUCAGCACGUUAGGGUCCACGCACUUCUGGAAGUUAGGUCAGUCGAGUUAGCCCCUAAGAACCUUUGCAGCAACAGUGGACAGGGGAAACCAACACACUGAAUAUGAACACCAAGCUCCCCACAUCCGCUCUUCAGUUUGAGGGCAAAGGCAGACAUGUUCUGUCAAGAAAUGGAGGCAGCUUGCUAGUCAGGCACACCCCUCAUCCCAGAAGAGUCUGCCACAUCAAAGGUUUGAAUAACAUUCCAAUCUGCACUGUAAAUGAUGACGAGAACAUAUCCAAAACAUUGUGGGGCUCUAGCCAGUUUAGCCACUCAAAGCAUGAGACACAACCAGCCGAGUGCAGUUACCUGCCCAGCCCUGCAGCCCUGGAGAGCCCUGUCAGGGGAGUGUCACCAGCUCCUAACAGUAUCAAAGUGCUCCCACGACCUCAUUCUGAACCCUGUAGAAAAAUCCCAGAGUGCUUCAAAACUUCCUGUGAGAACCCCUUAACAAUUAAGAAGGAAGAACCUAAGGCCAAAAAGCCAUUGUCACCACCAAAGGCAUGCUCUACGGCUGGCUCCUGGUCUUCAGAGGGAACAAGUACCAAGCCUGAUGUCAAAGAGAACACUGUUUGCAUACCAAACUAUCUGGAUCAGGAAAUAAAAAUCCUGGCAAAACUCUGUGACAUUUUACAUACUGACUCUCUGGCAGAAGUUCUACAGUGGCUGCCUCAUGCGAGUUCGAAAGAAAAAGAGUGGGUCUCAGCUUUGAUCCACUCUGAGCUGGCCGAGAUAAACUUGACUCAUCGCAGAAGGAACGCCUCAGCAGAGCCGGCAGCAGGGACAGGGAAGCCAGCCACAGUUACGAUGCCCCUAAAUUUACCCACAAAGUCAAAAGUGCUGACCAGAGCUAAGGAGGAGCAUCAGCUGGCCAGAGGACCAAGUCAAGGAUCCGAAGGAAAUAAGGAAGCAUCAAAAGAGGCUGAGCACACUCCCCCACUGUUUAUAAGAAGUAAGAUGAAAAUACCUGUUGUAGAAUAUGUCAGCAAACCAAAGUCUCCUCCCAGGCCUAAAACUCAGGACUGUGGACCAGCCCGCUCAAUGUCGGCCAGGGCGAUACAAGGACAUGACCUCAGCCCCCCAAAAACAUCUUAUCCUUUAGCGCACCAGCGGUAGCAAUUCUACACUGGGCCAAUUCUUUCACAGGCGUGAGCUUCAUGUUGUCAUGACAUCUAAUGAUUUUUUUAAAAGAAUAUUUUUGGUAUAGAGGAAUUGAGUGGUCCUCUUUCUGGUGGCAUAUGGAAAUCUCAAAAUACCUGUAUAAUGCCACAAAUAAAUAUUCGUGGAGACAA